AUGAAGAAGCUCACCGGAACGUUCCGCAACACGCAGUGGGAUCCGUACCUGCUGGUCGCCCAGAUCGUGGCGAUGCAGGCCCUGCUGUACGUUAGCCUCGGGACCAUCAUGUACGUGAUGGACUUUUUCGCCGAGGCGAACCACACGCUGGACCACAUAUUCGAGUAUCACGAAAUACACGUAACCGAUCUCGGCGGACGAUUGGUCAUCGUUGCCUUCAUACUCAACUCUCUAGUCGGUGCCGGGCUGCUGUGGUUCGUCGUGCGCCGCACGAAGCUGUGCCUGGACUUUAGCUUUACCUUCCACUUUACGCACCUGGUGAUAUGCUGGUGGUACAACGAGGCCUUCCCGUCGACGAUCGGCUGGUGGAUGCUGAACGCGGUCUGCGCCGCGCUCAUGUGCGUGUGCAGCGAGUUUCUCUGCCUGAAGACGGAGCUGAAGGAGAUCCCGGUCGGGUAUACCGCGCUCAACAACAAGGUCGAUCUGUAGCGUGUGCAGCGGCACGUGAGGAGGGGACGGGACGGCGUUUAGCAAAGCAGGGACAGGUUUCGCUGAGCGCAGAAGAAGGAUAGCGGCUAAUGUGUGGCACACGCGUUCCAAGUAGGUAGUAAGCGAAGACGGGGAAGCCGAGAGGGGGAAAGGCCAUUGCUUCAGGGAUGUAUAGGCACUCCAAAGGGGUGGGCGGGAAACGCGGGGGGAAGUUGGUUGAUUUGUGUGUUUGUGACCCACGGCUAGACACACUCAAGCUUUACAAGUAAACACUAAUGGCUAAGAGUAUUUUUAACUUAUGUUUCGUACUACUAAAACAAACAAUAAACCCGACGGUAAGAGAAGGCAAGCUUAA